UUUCAACCAAAACAAACAAACUUUUAUACCAUGUCUCUUCCUAUUGCUGCUCAAAACAAGAACUUACCUGCUGGUACUCCUUUAGAUGAUGCUGACAAGAAUAAAUCUCUUUUAUUCUCUCCCAUUACUACCAAGUCUGUCACUGCUCAUAAUCGUAUUGUUGUUGCUCCCAUGUGUAUGUACAGUGCUGAAAAUGGUUACAUGAAUGACUUUCACUUUGCUCAUCUUGGAGCUUUUGCUUUGAAAGGUGCUGGUAGUGUCAUUAUUGAAGCUACAGCGGUGGAACCUCGAGGUCGUAUUUCUCCUCAUGAUCUCGGUCUUUGGGAAGAUGGUCAAAUUGUACCUUUGAAGAGAACUGUGGAAUUUAUCAAGGCUCAAGGAUCUGUACCUGGUAUUCAAUUGGCGCAUGCUGGACGUAAGGCAUCCAUGGGUUCUCCAUUUGCUGGCUAUCGUUUGUUAACUGAAGAAGAAGGUGGAUGGCCUCAAGAUGUCGUGGCCGCUUCUGAUAUUCCUUUUGAUGAUAAACAUGCUCAACCUCGUGCCCUCACUCUUGUUGAAAUGAAUGAUAUCAAACAAAAAUGGGUCGAUGCUGCUAUUCGUGCUGAUAAAGCUGGUAUUGAACUACUACAAAUCCAUAGUGCUCAUGGUUAUCUCUUGCAUAACUUUUUGUCUGGUAAUUCCAAUCAACGUACUGAUCAAUAUGGUGGAUCUCUUGAAAAUCGUCUUCGUUUCCCUCUUGAAGUCAUCAAGGCCAUACGUGAUGUCUGGCCAGCCGAAAAACCAUUCUGGGUACGUCUCUCCUCCACUGAUAACAAGUAUGCAGAUUCUUUUGCCAAGGAUGAAAAUGGAUGGGAUAUCUAUCAAGCUAUCGAAUAUUCAAAGGAACUCAAAAAAAUUGGUGUAGAUGUUAUUGAUUGCUCUUCUGGUGGUAUUUUGGCCAAUGCCAAUUAUUCCGGUGCUGGACCAUGCUGGCAAGUUCCCUUUUCGGAAAUCAUCAAGAAAGAAGCAGGUAUCCAAACUGGUGCUGUUGGUAUUAUUACUAAAGGUUCUGAAGGUGAAUCCAUUUUACAAGAAAACAAAGCUGAUUUCAUCGGUGUAGCAAGAGAAUUUUUGCGCAACAGUGGUUUUGUAUUAACAGCUGCUCGCGAACUCGGUAUACCUGUCAAAUGGGCCAAUCAAUAUGAACGUGCUGAUCGAGAAAGACAUAUCCCCAAAUCCAAAGUUUAAAUUUGGUUAUUCAUAGAAUAGAUUUAUAGAUUAGACACACCUUGUUAUUUAUUAUUAUUACUGUUAUUAGAAAUAAAACAAUUUGUAUGAUGA